CAAUGUCAGAUGUGGUUGUCAUGUCAUUGUCAGUUGGUAAUCAUGGCGGCUGCGCUGCUGUCAAAUACAAAAUUUCCUAAUAUUAUUAAAAACCAUGUUAGAUUUAGGAAUUCGUUAUGUAGUAGUAAAUUGGUAAUUUUAAACAAACCACAGUUCAAUUUAACAUGUAAACAAUAUGCGGUUACAAGUCAUUUUAGGUUUCACAGCACGCAACGACCAAGCAAUGCUGGAGGCUCGGACGCGGCUAAAAACGUUCUGGCAGUGGUGUUGGCGAACAAACCAAAAGCUGGAAAAAUUCCAGUUGGUAUCCAAAAGAGAGACUGCUUUCACCCAGGUGCCUCUGUUUUGUCCCGAGAAGACAUAAACCUGGCGGAUGCGAAGCCGGUGUCCGGUGCUGAUAUGAUCCGGGGCAUGCUGGCAUAUGUAUGGCCUCAGGAUAACGCCGCAAUCCGCAACCGAGUGAUGUUGUCCCUGUCCCUCCUGUUCGGUGCGAAGAUAAUGAAUGUCACCGUCCCUUUCCUGUUCAAAUACGCCGUGGACGAAGUGAACGCGGCCACAGCGACGUCUGGUGACGCCUUAUUGGGAAUGGCGACCGUUCCGCAGGCGUUGGGCACUACUGCGUUUAGUUUACUUCUUGGAUACGGCAUAGCCCGAGCCACAGCAGCAGGCUUCAACGAGCUAAGAAACGCCGUGUUCGCGCGCGUAGCCCAGCACUCUAUCCGCCGCCUCGCCUGCAACGUGUUCACGCACAUACACAACCUGGAUCUCAGCUUCCAUCUGGGUCGGCAGACCGGCGCUCUUUCCAAGACGAUAGACCGCGGUUCGCGCGCCAUCAACUUCGUCCUUUCAGCCAUGGUGUUUAACAUAGUGCCGACUAUCUUUGAGCUGACAUUAGUGUCUACAAUUCUGGGAUUGAAAGGAGGCUUGGCGUUCACUGGGCUCGCGUUCGGCUGCGUCGGCGUGUACGCGGCGUUCACGCUCGCGAUCACACAGUGGCGCACGAAGUUCCGCGUGUACAUGAAUAAAGCUGAGAACGAGGCCGGGAACAAGGCCAUCGACUCUCUCAUCAACUACGAGACUGUCAAGUACUUCAACAACGAAAAAUAUGAACUGGACAAAUACGACAAGAGCCUCCAAAAGUACGAGGCCGCGUCCCUCAAGACGGCCUCGAGCCUCGCGGCGCUCAACUUCGGCCAACACGCCAUAUUCAGCGGCGGACUCAGCAUGAUCAUGAUAUUGGCUGCCAACGAGAUUGUUAAAGGGAACAUGAGCGUGGGCGACCUGGUGAUGGUGAACGGGCUGCUGUUCCAGCUGUCCAUCCCGCUCGGCUUCCUCGGCUCCGUGUACCGCGAGGUGCGGCAGGCGCUCAUCGACAUGCAGACCAUGUUCACGCUCAUGACCGUCGAAUCCAGAAUUAAGGUGAAAUCCACAGCUGUUCCCCUCAAAGUGGACCAGAACACAGCUACCAUUGAGUUCAGAGACGUCAGUUUCAAGUACAUAAAUGGAAAGCCGAUAUUCAACAAUUUGAGCUUCACCAUUCCCGCUGGCAAGAAGAUCGGUAUCGUUGGAAGCUCAGGGAGUGGUAAAUCAACGAUGGUUCGCCUACUGUUCCGGUUCUUCGAGCCGCAGUCGGGCGAGAUACUCGUGGCCGGCCAGAACAUUCGCGACGUCGACCUGCCCAGCUUAAGGAGGGCCGUAGCCAUCGUGCCUCAGGACUGCGUGUUGUUCCACGACACGAUUUUGCAUAACCUACACUAUGGCGACCUCUCGCGGCCCGUAGAGGAAGUUUACAAGGCGAGCCAGAUGGCCGAGCUGCAUGAGUCCGUCAAAACGUGGCCCAAGGGCUACGAAACACAAGUGGGCGAGCGCGGACUGAAAUUAUCUGGAGGAGAAAAACAGCGAGUCGCCAUCGCCCGAGCCAUACUCAAGGACUCACCUAUAAUAGUGUUCGAUGAGGCCACGUCCAGUCUCGACUCGCUUACUGAACAUGCAAUCCUUCAAGCCCUCAAAGCUGCCACAGUAGGCCGCACGUCCAUCUGCAUAGCGCACCGUCUGUCCACGGUCGCGGACGCCGACGAAAUACUGGUGAUGGAAAACGGCAAUAUAACAGAUAGAGGGAAGCACGAUGAACUUAUAGCGAGGAGUGGAUCGCUCUACGCAAGGCUGUGGGAGAAACAAAACAGGUAUAAUAUAAUUAUAACAUAAACCUAGAUAAUAACC